AAUGUGUUAGUUUGUUAUUUUAUGUCGACAAUAAUGAUCAGGAAAUAUCUCGUGUUCCAAAACGAAAUGAGUUAUGUUAUCUCCUUCACGUGCAUUUUAAUAGUGGGUAUCACUUUAAGUGAGGCAGCGACGGUACAGAAAGACAGCGAGUGUGGCAAGACGGUCGGAUGUUUCCAUGAUUGCUCGGGCGACACGUGUAGUUUUCUUCUCACGUGGAUAGAAAAGGGAAGUGGCAUAGAAUUGACGCUAACAUGUGCGAGAAGCGAAACAGAUCCUUACUGUGCCAUAGGUCUUUCAGAUGACACGGAAAUGGGCGAUGACAGUGUGUUUGAAUGUCUCUCCACUAGUGGAACACCUAAUAUUUAUGUCUCGCACAAUCCGGGAAAAUAUAACGUGCGACUAGAUCAGAACCAGUACGGAUUGUCUGCUAUCAAUACAUCUUAUAGUAACGGGCAGUUGAAAUGUUCGUUUUUGAGACGUAAAACCUUCAAUACGGUUACAGGCCGCAAGAAACGUGCUGCUCCCAGUGCGAGUAACUUCUUCGACAUGGACACAGACUGGUAUAUACUGUAUGCGUAUGGAACAAACACUGGAGGAGCUAUCGGCUAUCACACGUCACCACCGCUUGUAUCCACGGCAAAAGCAGAUUUUCAAAGCACAGUCGACAUCAGCGCUACCGCUAUAAAACAACCACUUGUCAUAGCUAUCACCAUUAAGGUAUAG